AUGGUGGACCCAUGGUGGUCUCUAUUGGGUGCAGCAAUACCUGCUAUAAUUGCAGGGCAAGCAUUAAGGAUGAAGAAAAGAAGAGCUGAAGAGCAGAGGUUAAAGAGUGCUAGAGGCCGUGAAAAGAGCUCCGAUGAAAUUUUUGUUUGCGAGAGGGUGUGCACUUCGAAGAGGAUGCUAAAGAAGGUUGGCGCAUUAUCUAAAGAUCCAACUAUUGAUACUUGUGUGACUGUUUGUGGUGUUUCUGAGCUUGAUGCUUGCGCUGAUGCGUGUGCGAGAACUGUCUGUGUUAAUCAGCACCAAGUGCCUAACUGGAAUGAUAUUUGCCUUCGGAGGUGCCAAACAGCUGGACAUCACUUCACUUACUUCAAUUCCCUUGCUUGCUCAUACGUUGGAGACUAUAGAAAGUUCGAAAUGACUUUAUCUUCAAUGCAAUAUAUUGGCCCCUUCCCAAAGCUUUCGAAAGUUGUGGAGUACCAGCAUGAAUAUGACCAUUGCAGUCAGUUUGCCGCCUUCCUAACCCCUAGAAUAUGCCAACAUAUGUCAACUCUUCCUCUCCUAGCUGGAGACCUCUACCACCAGGUACUAUCAAGACUAAUUUUGAUGGUGCCUUCUCCUCCAAUCCACGGGCUUCGCAGGACAUGUAGUCAGAAGACGACCAGGGAAUUGUGUUUGUAG